UGAAUGGAUCUCAAAACUUGAUGAAAAGUUUCGUUUAGCAAACCGGCAAAUUUUAUUGAUAAUUGAUGAUGCAACGAGUCAUUAUAAUCCUAACGAUAAUAAUAGUCAAAAUACAUUAGAUGAAGAAUCAAUUAGUGAAGAAUCAGAUGAUGAAUCAGAUGAAGAAUCAGAUGAAGAAGAUGAUGAUGAUAAUGAAGAUGAAGAAGUUCAUGCAAGCUCGUCUAAAACCGUAUAUAGACGGC